CCACGUCUCACCCGUGGAUGGCACGGCCGCCCCACGCGCAGAACCAAACCAGACACGCGUACGGCCAAUCGGCCGAAAAUUCCCCAAUCCAGGCCUGUUAGCCCCAACCCUAACCCUAGCCAAUCGCAUUCCCAUGGACGACGACGCCGGCGACGCCUCGCCGCCGCCGGGACCUGUCCCCCCUGCUGCCACAGGCGCCUCGUCGUCGCGUGACAUGGCUGCGUCCCCUACCAGCUCGCGCUCCGUGACGGAGACGGUGAACGGCUCCCACCGCUUCGUGAUCCAGGGCUACUCCCUCGCCAAGGGGAUGGGCGUCGGGAAGCACAUCGCGAGCGAGACCUUCACCGUCGGGGGAUACCAGUGGGCUAUCUACUUCUACCCAGACGGGAAGAACCCCGAGGACAACUCGGCCUACGUUUCCGUCUUCAUCGCGCUCGCUUCCGAGGGCACUGACGUCCGCGCUCUCUUUGAGCUCACACUGCAGGACCAGAGCGGCAAGGGCAAGCACAAGGUCCACUCCCACUUCGAUCGCUCGCUCGAGUCUGGCCCCUACACCCUCAAGUACCGAGGCUCUAUGUGGGGUUACAAACGGUUCUUUCGGCGAACUGCCCUUGAGACAUCGGACUUUCUUAAAGAUGAUUGUUUGAGGAUAAACUGCACUGUGGGUGUUGUGGUUUCAACUAUUGAUUACUCCAGACCACACUCCAUUCAGGUUCCAGACUCUGAUAUUGGCUACCACUUCGGUUCUCUUUUGGACAGUAAUGAAGGGGUUGAUGUUAUUCUUAAUGUGAGUGGAGAGAGGUUUCAUGCCCAUAAGUUGGUGUUGGCUGCACGGUCUACUGUAUUUAGAUCCAAACUUUUUGGCGAUGAAUCAGAAGGAGACAAGAACGAGGUUAAUGAGAGUGAGGAUCUGAAAGAGAUUGUUAUUGAUGAUCUAGAGCCCAAGGUUUUCAAGGCCAUGCUUCAUUUCAUCUACAGAGAUACCCUCGUUGAUGAUUAUGAGUUGGAUGCAUCAAGCUCCAUGGGCUCUAUUUUUGAUACUUUGGCGGCAAAGUUGUUGGCCGCAGCAGACAAGUAUGACUUAGGAAGGUUAAGAUUUCUAUGUGAAUCUUACUUGUGCAAAGGCAUUUCUGUGGCCUCGGUUGCAAAUACUCUUGCAUUGGCUGAUAGUCACCACGCCAUGGAGCUUAAAGCCGUUUGCCUAAAAUUUGCUGCAGAAAAUCUUUCAGUUAAUAAGUUUAUAAAGCUCCAUAACAUUCCAGAUACCCUUAUGUCUCUGCAGCUGUGAUCCGGACUGACGGGUUUGAUUACCUCAAGGAUAAUUGCCCAUCACUUCAGUCGGAGAUACUGAGAACUGUUGCUGGGUGCGAGGAGCCGUGCAGUAGUGGCGGGAAAAGCCAGAGUGUAUGGGGACAGCUCUCGGACGGUGGCGACACUAGUGGCCGUAGGGUGAGGCCAAGAAUCUGAGGCCACCCCGAACUCUGCCCUGGUUAGGAGGCUCUUGUGUAAACGGGGCAACAAUUUGUUCUGUAUGUUGUGAAAACAGUUUAACUAGGUGAGACCCAUGCCAUCUUAUUGCGCUCUUUUUUACACUUCAAUUCAUAUUCAUAUGUUGUUAAUAGCUAUUUCAUUGUUUGAUCUUGGAACCUUUGCCUAGUCGCUGUGCUGAUUUAUAA